UCAACAGAUCAGGACAGUGCUCAACUACGUUUUUGGUGGAUCAAAACUGGUUACCAGAGAAAUUUUCAGAAUCCUUGCAAUUUAUUCCGGUUGUUUUGGCCUGGACUCUAUCACAAGCUGAUGCGACCGCCGUUGUUAAUUGUACUUACGUCAGUGGCUCUUUUUACUUGGAUUCCGGGGAACAUGUGGAAAAUUUUGUAUGUGCAUUUUGCGGCUCAGAUAUCAAUCCAUACCUACAAUCAGAAUGCGGCAGCCCUAGAUUUAUGACGAACGUGAAAGCAGCUGGACUUAUUGGUGUUUUUAUAAGCAUAGGUGUUUUAUUUCUCAUAGCUGCUAGUUUUGCCGUGUACAAACUAGUAAAGAGAAGAAGAAACAAAAGGAUCAGGGAUAAGUUUUUUAAAAGAAAUGGAGGUCUUUUAUUACAGCAGCAAUUAUCUGCUGAUGAUAGUGUCAUUAAAAGAACAAGGAUUUUCAAAGAAAAUGAGUUGGCCAAGGCCAGUGACCAAUUCAGUGAAGAUCGAAUACUUGGAAGAGGCGGGCAAGGAACAGUUUACAAAGGAAUGCUAACCGAUGGAAAAAUUGUGGCAAUCAAAAGGUCAAUGAAGGUGGAUGAAAGCCAGUUAGAACCAUUCAUCAAUGAGGUUGUCAUUCUUUCACAAGUCAAUCACAGGAAUGUGGUAAAACUACUAGGUUGUUGCUUAGAGACAGAAGUACCUCUAUUGGUAUAUGAAUUCAUCCCUAAUGGAACGCUCUCUAGCCUCAUUCAUAAUCAUAUCGAUGAUGAGUUCCCCUUCACUUGGAACUUCAGAUUAAGAAUAGCAGGUGAAAUAGCAGAAGCUUUGGCAUAUCUACACUCGGCAAUCUCAAUUCCUAUCUACCAUCGAGAUAUCAAGUCAAGCAACAUACUUCUGGAUGAAAAGUACAUAGCCAAGGUAUCGGAUUUUGGAACUUCAAGAUCCAUCGGAGCUGAUAAAACUCAUCUAACUACACUCGUUAAAGGAACUUUUGGCUACUUGGAUCCGGAAUACUUUCAGUCAAGCCAAUUUACAGAGAAAAGCGAUGUCUAUAGUUUUGGGGUUGUUCUUGUUGAGCUCUUGACAAGAAAAAAGCCCAUAUCAUCGUCUGAAUCAGAAGAAGAUGGUAACUUAAAUUUGGCCACAAGGUUUUCAACGAUGAUGGAUGAAAAUCGUCUUGACAGUAUUCUUGAUUGUCAACUUCUAGAUGAGAGCAUUAAGGAAGAGGUUAUUUCUGUUGCUAAACUGGCUCAAAGAUGCCUAGAUUCAAAUGGAAAAAACAGGCCAACUAUGAAGGAAGUAGCCAUUGAGUUGGAAAACAUUAGAAGGGCGGCAAAUGGUUCAACUGUUCACAGCCAAUUGUUCGAGAAAGGAGAGUGUGAAUCUGUUUUUUCAGCUGAUACUAAAACUUCGUGGACAACCGAAAAUGAUAGCAAUAGGUUAGUUCCAGAUGCCUGUCCACUAUUGCUAUGUGAUACAAUUUAACUUUGAAAUCGUAAAAUGUA